AUGGAGCUGCCCGCUGGGGCUGGUCCCAGGCGUCACCUGUGCUGCCGGCAUACCCUGCCCAAACCGCAGCCUAAUGGCCACCUUUGCUUCCUCAAGGAGAUAAGCCUCUCUGCUGGGAACCUGCAGCUGGAGUACAAAGCAAGAGAUUUCACCUCUUCUGGGAGUAGGAAGCUCUACUUUGACACUCAUGCCUUAGUGUGUUUACUCAAAGAAAAUGGGUUUACCACUCAACAAGCAGAAAUCAUUGCAUCUGCGUUGGUCAAGACCGUAGAGGCCAACAUGGACAUCGUAUACAAAGACAUGGUCACCAAGACACAGCAGGAGAUCACUCUUCAGCAAAUAAUGUCUCAGACUGCUAAUGUGAAAAAAGAUAUGAUUAUUUUGGAGAAGAGUGAAUUUUCAGCCCUUAGAGCAGAAAAUAAGAAAAUAAAGCUUGAACUACAUCAGGUAAAACAACAAGUAAUGGAUGAAAUGAUCAAAGUCCGAACUGAUACCAAAUUAGACUUCAAUCUAGAAAAGAGUAGAGUGAAAUUGUAUUCAUUGAAUGAAAGGAAGCUGCUGGAAAUAAAGACAGAAAUGGUGGCAUUUCAUGCCCGGCAAGAUCGUGGUGUCACCCAGACAGACAGGAAAAUAGACACGGAGGUCGCUGGCCUUAAAACUAUGCUCGAGUCACACAAGCUUGACAAUAUUAAAUAUUUAGCAGGGUCUGUGUUUACAUGCCUAACAGUAGCUCUGGGAUUUUAUCGCCUAUGGAUGUAAUAAAUUCUCUUUUUAAAGAGCAAAAAAAAAAAGU